AUGUUGCAGAAUUUUUCAUUUCCAUCCGAGUCAGAGAGUUCGAGAGACGCAUGUUCUCCCUCCAAGAGACACUUCACCCCAAGACCAAUUGCGCCAGCGCCCCCUAGUGGACGGGCCUCACACCGUAGAGGCUUGAGCCUCGAUCAGGGUGUGGCACUGCAUCAGCAGAAUACCUCGAUAUAUGGACAGGAACCCUACGACUGGUCUCGAUGGCUGGAUAUCGGAGACUAUAACAUCAACCUUGCUCCCGGAAUUCAGCGCCCAAUGACACCGCUCCAGCACACAGAGAACGGGCAAUCCUUCCCAUUAACGCCAGCAACAACACCCUGUUGGAAACCCACGACUGUACCUCCACGAAACUGUAGGACUGCUCAAUCAUCUCCUACUAAACGAGCUCCUCCGCCCUUGCUCCCUCGAAAUGGAGAACCAAUGCAAAGAGCGAAGUCAUUUCAAGGCUCAGAAGAUGGAUAUGGUGUCCAGCAGCAGAGUCUUCAGAACAUUCAUAUGUUCCAAGAACCACCGAAGUUUCAGUUGCCCGAAGAUUUUGAGUCAAAAUUACCCAAGACGGAUGAUGAUAUCUUUACAGACCUCACUUUCGAAACCAACAACUCAGACCCAUUCGCUCUGGGGGGGUUACCAUCACCAACCAUGACCUCCUUCUCGUCACAGCCUGAACUUCCAAAAGAAUCUUCAGACCUCGCUAAUACAAGAAGUAAAAAAGUCCCAAUUGCUCCCGCACCUGCACAUGCCCUACCGACCAGAUCCAGGCCAGCUACCUCUAGCGGAUCUACUUCUCCCAUAAAAGCAGCGUUGGCCCCUCGAGUGGUUACAAUCGCCGACCUUAAACUUGAUGCCAGCAUUGACGCCUCCCUGGAGGAGACAGGGGUUACUCUCGAAGACAUAUGUGGCUACAUCGAAGGCCCUGACCCAGUGGAUAAUAAGUGGAUAUGCACCUUCGAUGGGUGUAUGAAGAGGUUUGGGCGGAAAGAAAACAUCAAAUCUCAUGUCCAAACACACCUCGGCGAUAGGCAGUUUAAAUGUAACCACUGCAACAAGAGCUUUGUUCGUGGUCACGAUCUCAAGAGACACUCUAAAAUCCACACUGGCGUCAAGCCAUACCCCUGCGAUUGUGGAAACAGUUUUGCACGACACGAUGCUCUAACCAGACAUAAGCAGCGUGGUAUGUGUAGCGGCGCAUUCGUUGGCGCUGUGAGACGAGCAGAACGACGUGGAAGACCUAGGAAGGAGAGGCCCAAAUAUGAAGAGAGAAGGGAGAAGGCGACGAGAGCACGACAACGAGAGCGGAAAAAGGCUCCUAGCCCACCAUCCCAGGAGCUUUCGUCUAGUUCGUCGGCGCCAUCUCCUGAAAGCGAAAAUUUGGAUGCACCAAGCACUAGAGAACACAGCCCUGCUAAGGAAAUGCUCUUCCUUGACAUGGGUUCGAUUUCCCUGCCUCCUGAUGUUUUUACUUUCACUCCUCCUGCAUCCCCAAGCUACAGUACUGGAAAUAUCGGUUCCCCAGCCCGUAGCUACCAUUCCACGUCCCAGGAACCCGAAGAAAACCAACUGUGUUUAUCGCCCUCAAAACGGUACCUCGCUGACAUCCCGGAAGAGCCUCUGGAGCCCCUGUCCCUUGGUUGUGGAUCUCCCACACCCGUCAAACGUGAAAGCAAAAGGGACCUGACAGGCUCGCCUUGCCGAACUUUAUGGCCAACAGAUUCAAGGUCAACCUUCGCUGAGGAUUCAAGUAGUACCGAAUUUGAUGAUGUUUUCUCGAGCCAUAGCCAUGCAAGCACAUCAGCAUUUGAUCCCGAUCAGCUUCCUCUGGGUCCCCAAUCAACAACAGGUCUUUCCGAAUCUGGUUCAUCGCAAUAUGAUGAUGAUAUUUUCCUAAACCACUUAAAUGGCGAUGGCCCUAAUCUUGACAAUGAUUAUUUCCCGCUAUCCAUGUCGCCAAAUACCGAUUCCUUUUUUGAUUCAUUCACGACCGAACUGAAAUAAUAUGUGUUUCCGAAGUUUCUCCACGCCCCAUUCUACUUUCUGUCCCUGCUUUUGCGAAUUCUUUCCGUCUGUCGAUUUGAAAGGGGCCACGGCGAAAUGGUGUAUAUGUGGAAUGUCUGAUUUUUCUUGACUGAGGGUUAUAGAUAUCCUUUUGCUGUUUCCUUGCUUUUUUGUAACGAUUUCGAUGUCACAGUUUUACCUGGUCUCCAUUUUGAUAUGAUUUUUUGGGAUGGUUUUAUGCGCGAAGUUGUAUGAUAAUAGUCAAAUCGUUUCCCUUGCUUUUGUUCAUUGCCCGAAUGAAGUCCUGAUUUGUC